CAGUGGUGCGACUUUCGGGACUCUAACCUCGACACUGUAGCCGGUCACAAGUUCUCCGGCUUGGCAUCAUGGAGAAUCAAGGGUCCGGGAAAACAGUCCGUUUGGCUACAGCUUGCACCGAGUGCCAGCGGCGGAAGCAAAAGUGUAGCCGGGAAUGGCCCUGCAAUCAUUGCCAAUCAAGGCGAAUCGCUCAUCUCUGUAAAUUCACGCCCAAGAAGGUGCUCAAGGCUAAGCCUGCCAGUAAUGAAAGGACUCAUACCCCUACGAAUAAUGCAGACGCAGUACCCGACUUUCAGAAUGCUGGCGGCGUUGCCAGUGGGGAGGAUUUCCGGAUGCUGGGAUACCUCCCCGACAACCUGCUCAAGGAAGGGCCUGACCAAUACCAAUCUGCUGUAAUAUCACCAAAUCCCCAGGGAACUAUACCAUCAGAACUGGAAAAAGCAAUCCGCACUCUUCCUCCCAAACCGUAUACAGAUAUGCUGGUGCAACAUUUUCUGAGUGAGAUGAACGAGCAGUACUACUGUCUUUACCCGCCGACUUUCUUGCACGAUUACGCUGCGUGGUGGUCAGGAAAAGCCAGUGGCCAAUCGCUAGCUCCAGAGUUCACGGCCCUGCUGCUGCAGGUUUGUGCAUGCGCCACCCUUUACUUGGAUGUGGAGGCGAUGCAGAGACUCGAGAGUGAAUUGGGCGAAAACUCUCACGAUCUAGCCGAGCAGUAUCAUCGGACUGCCAAUCAACUCAGCAGUACAAUGAGCCCCGGCAAGGGUGGCUUAACGCAAGUCCAACAGUUGUUCAUCAAUGCGGUAUGGUACAAGACCGAGGCAUUAUUUAUCGAGUCGUGGCAUGCCUUGAGUGCUGCAAUCCACGAAGCUCAGGAGUUAGGCAUGCACCGAAGUCCCGCCAAGGCGAAGGUGUCCGAAUUUGAACGGGAGAUGAGACGGCGAAUUUGGUGUCUCCUGUACACUUGGGAUUGGCAAAUGUCGCUACUACUAUCACGGCCUUUCAUCAUCAACAGCAAUUAUUGCUCUUUCGAGUUACCCAACGUACGGCUGGAGACUGCCGACGCAGGGACCGACAUGCCAUCGCCCGUAACACAUAUAGCCCUUCAGAGCCAAUUAGGGCUGGCAAUCUCGAAAAUCCCUGGCGUGAUGAGUGGUAUCUUAUCGCCCAAUCAGGCCAUUGCUAUCCAGCAAGAAAUUGAGAGAUGGUUUGAAAUGUUCCCCCCGGCAUAUAGACGUACGAACCCGGAUACCCGUUGGGACCAUUCCCACCGCUAUGUGCCUUUACAGCGGCAUCAACUCUAUGCCGUAAGCUACAUGGUCAUGUUUAUGCCAUUGAAGCAAUGUUUAACCAUCGACGCCGACCCAAGCAAGCCUAGCCUGGAGAAGAGCCUCCAACCAGCGGCGGUGGACUGCGCCACGAAAGUGAUGGAUUCAGCCCGGGCACUGCUAGCGCACAUGCUCCCGGCCAGUGGAAAGUUCCAUUUUGCGCCCUUCCUAAUAUUCGACACGGCUGCAUUUCUCUGCUCCGCAAUCAUCCACGACCGCGCCCGGAAUCUUGCACACCGGGACAAAGCUCUUGAAACGAUUGGCAUAGGGCUCGAUGCGCUGGAGCAGAUAUCCCAAACCACUAAAGCCGGUGCCACCUGUUAUUCGGUUCUCGCGAGGCUUACCGGCCGCAUGCCUCUCUCUCCGGAAGAGAAGGCUUUGCUGUCCUCUAGAACCCCGGAAGGAUCACUGGAAGGGCCUCAAACGCCUCCUUCUGUGCAUGCUGAAUCGGCGACAAUUGUCAAUGUCGAUGCGUAUGAUGUCAAUUUCACGUCUUCAGACAUUCUUGGAGGCGGAAUGGAUAUGGCCCUGCCGGCAGGGCUUGAUCCUUCAGGAACAAUCGACGGACUCACGGGACUGGAUGACAUCCUUAGCAUGGAUAUGGGUGAGUUCAGUCAGAUCUGGGAUUGGGAUAAUCUUGACCUGAAUAAUCCUGGUCUUUAUGAUACAUAGCUGCGAUCUGGGAUACAAGAAUUGGCAGCUUAGUUAAGUCUAGAGCUUCCUGGAUCGUCUAUGAUCAUAUACACGAAGGAAUGCAACAGAUAACAAUGGAUAUAACCGAU